AUGUGCAUACACGGCAACCCGUCGGGCGUGGAUAAUACAUGCUCCACGCAGGGCAAAGGCGUAGUCUUCCAGAGGCCCGACCACCAGAAGCCCUCCUUGGUCAAGUCGCUCUGGAACUUCCCGGAGCUGCCGCUGUUGCUGGUUAAUACCAAGCAAGCUAAGUCUACCACCGUUGAACUGGGCAAGGUCCAAAGACUUAAGAAUGCCCACCCGAAGGUGGUGGGGUCGAUCCUGGAAGCCAUCGACAGCGUCACGCGCAGUGCAAACGAGAUCAUUGACGACAUUGACAGCGAAAAGGAAGAGAGUCUCCGGCGCAUUGGGGAACUGAUGUCGAUCAAUCACGGUCUUUUGUCCUCGCUGGGAGUCUCGCAUCCUCGCCCUUGA